AAACAGACAACCAGACAAACAGAGGGACAAACGCAUUCAUUUGAAAAGAGCUGUAAAAUUUUCUUAAAUAUCUUCUAAACGAAAUGUAGGAUCGGGUUGGUUGAGGGACCAAUCGACGCGUCUUUAGGAGUAAAAUGCGAAUAAAAUUCUUAUCUGGGUACGAAAAUGUCUCUAUUAGCUCCAAUUUAGUGACAGGGAUGUCUCCUCGCGCAAGCGUCCACUGAGAUAUUUUCUUCGAUAUCAGCAUCCAAAACCAGGCCUAUUUUUAAAAUUUGAAACGAGAAUGACAGCUCUUCGGAUUCACCAAGCAAUUAUAUUGCUCGUACAUUGUAUUGUGUACCGCGGAAAUUGUGGGUGCUGGAAUCUAUGUAUGUUCUAGACUGGUUCAAGGGAGCCUAAAAGUUAUAGAGCCACUAUAUGACAAUAUCUUGAAAAAUAUAUAUGUUGACCCGAUCAUUUCUAUGGGAUCUAUAUGAUAUAGUUGUUCGAUCUGAAUGCAUGAUCUGCCAGCAGGCAAUUUUGUGUUUUAUGCAACAUCUCAACUCUGUAGCUUUUAUAGUUUCCGGGUUUAAUGCAUAGAAACAGACAGAAGACCAACAUGAUAAUAGAUUAUGUUACCUGUAUAGGAUGAGAGAUGAUUUCUUCAAUGAAAUGCAAACAUCUGGACAAAAUCAAAAUGCUCUGCAAGUACACAUAUGAAUAGAUGGGACUUUUAGAGAAGUUAUACACAGUCAUAUAGAGCUCGGAAAAAAUCGCAAUAAAUAUGCACACCUGUAUAAAGGGAAAUAUCGAAGUGAAGAAAGCCAUCAAAGUUAUAUCAGUAUGAACAUGAGGAACUCAGUUAAUGCUUACAAGAACGCCAACAAAACGUAAAUCACUUCACAAAAUAAAUGGAUACAACUAUGUAUAUACAACUUUUUCAUAAUAAGAUUUAUUGCGAUGCUUUAGAAAAAAAAGAAAAAAAGCGAGUGUCUUUAAGAGCUCCAACUUUAAAAAAAAGCAGGUAAAAAAACAUUAAAAAAUCAACGUUUGUUUCAAUAGUCCAGAUUUAAAGGAACACAUUUUAAUAUAAUUCCAAAUAUGAUUUUCGAAAGUGAUACCGAACCCACUGAUAUGGAUACGAAUAUCAGGUGUUCAAUUUCAAAUGAAGGUUUGAACGUAUCGAAAACCAAUAACAGCAAUCAAGUAAGUGCUCAGAAAAAGUGCUCAGUGCAAAAAAAAAAUUAAACAAGAAAAAGUUUAUUUUGUUUCUUUUAGCCUACAACAUACGUAUUAUCUAGUUCUUCAUUCAAUGAUUCAAAAAUAGUCAAAAACCUAAAAACAAAAAUAUUGAACAGUAAAAAAAUUGAAUCAAAAGAAGAUUCUGACAUUUUCUUGACCAAAAAUGAUUUUACUGUUUACUGAAUAAUUUUCAAUACUGAAUGCUGUAACAAAAAAUAACCAAAGGACAUUUCCGGACUAUCAGGGAAAAAAAAAUAGCAUUUAAUAAUUUUGAUAUUCGAAAGCCAGUCAGUGUUAUUUAUCAAUGGUCUUGGAUAAAAUAUAAAAUCCCAAUCUAACCAGAAAAAAAUACAAGAUGCAGAUAGCCUUAAAUCCUCUCUUGUUCAUCAAUUAGAAAGGAAAUUAUUAGAUAGUAUUAUACAGCCAGAAGAUGGGUCCGAAUGUACCUCGAUAUUCGGAAGAUCAUUAAAUAAUUCCGAUAUUGGAGUAAUAAGCUUAAAAAAAGAAAAAUCUCCAUGGCUUCUGAAGAAGAAAAAUCCAAUGAAAACAAGCAAACUAAUAUUAAUAUGCUUCAACAAUUUCAACUCCUACGCUGUUUGGAUUAUCAAGAAACAAAUAGUGGAAACAGGCAACAAAGGGACAAACUUCCUUUAUUUGGAAAGAGCUACUCAGUAUGAUACGUUAAAUGACUCCGAUAUCAGCAUUGAACAACAACAUUUGCAAACUGUUCAGAGGCUUUAUCAGGAGAGCAGUCUACAAGAGCUGCAUAAUCAUCUUAGUAAUCAGUUUGGGGCCGCUGGAUUUCCUCUACCAAAUUUUCAUCAUCAGCAGCAUGGCGGAGCCGGAUCUUCUGCAGGUGUUUUACCAUUUUUACACCCCUUUAUGAGGCCGCCAAUAUCGUCUCAUCCAUUAAUUCAGCUGAUUCCUGGUCAAGAAAAUCAUCAAGGUCAUAGCUACAUGCAACAGCAUGAAACCAACUCCCAAAAAAUAGCUUUGUCGCCUAUUUGGUCCACUGCGGCGGUGGCGGCUGCGCAUAUACAAGCCGCACUGGCAGCAGCAGCAGUUGCCGCCGCCAAUAGCAAUAAAAACAACACAGUUUUUAGCAAUAAUAAUCUGCUUACCUUGAAGUAUAAAGAGCAUCAACUAUCAAGAAAUCACACAAAUAUAAUGGAGAGCCCAUCACUUCAAAUUGGAGAGAGCGGAGUGGAGGUUGAUGCACCUCCCUCCAGGCCAAUAACUCCACCAUAUGAUAGCCAAUCAUUUGAAAUUCUCUCCUAUAGUCACAAUACACCACCGGAGUCCCCACUUGGUCGAAUCUGCACUAGUGCUAUUGGAACAAUUUCCAGUGUUUUCGAGGAUAGUUCUUCACACCUUCCCUCACCGCCAUUGCAUAAUCAAAAUAUUGCUAGCCAAUUGGAAUCAACACAGGAGUCUGAGCUAGACACUCCACUUAACCUUAGUAAGCCUAAAGGAUCUUCUAGUUCAUCACCAGCAAAUCCCUGUCAAAAAGAUCAAUUUGAAAGCCUUAAUUCUGUAAUAUCCAGUGUGCCUCUUAACUGGAAACAAUGUUCUAGCCAACAUCGGCAGCAUUUCACUGAUAUAGAAUCUCCACUUAUUAAAAAUCAAGGACGCCUAUGGAAUAAUACAGUCAUGGGACCAAAUAGUGCACGUGCGUUGCGAUUAAGUCGCGAUUCUAUAAAUAGUUGCGGUACGAAUUCAGAACGAUCGACAGCUUUAGAUCAAGAAAGUCUCAGCCCAAGCCCAAAUUGCACAAUCACAUCUCCGUCAUCAUCACAUCAACUAAGACAAGGUAAUGGCCAUGGUCUUGGGAAACCUCAUAUUAAAAGGCCUAUGAAUGCGUUUAUGGUGUGGGCAAAAGAUGAACGUCGAAAAAUUUUGAAGGCAUGUCCAGAUAUGCAUAACUCAAAUAUUUCAAAAAUUUUGGGUGCUCGUUGGAAGGCUAUGUCUAAUGCUGAUAAGCAGCCAUAUUAUGAAGAACAAUCACGAUUAUCAAAACUUCACAUGGAACAGCACCCUGAUUACCGAUAUAGGCCUCGUCCAAAACGCACUUGUAUUGUAGAUGGAAAAAAGAUGCGAAUAUCAGAAUACAAAGUCCUAAUGCGUAAUCGCCGAGCUGAAAUGAGACAACUUUGGUGCCGAACGGGAGCGUCCGGUGCAGUCACAUCGGAAAAUACUUGUACUGAUAUCUGUUUAAAUGGACAUGAAGAAAGAUCAAAUGCUCAGGCGUUGAUUGUAGCCACAGCACAUAAUUUUAAAGAUAUGAGUCACACGGUAACAGCAAAAGCUGCAGACCUUGAUAAUGAGUGUGGGUUGUCUUCCCAACAGUUUUUUUAUCCUCCCGAAAGCUCAUCACCUUCCGGGUUCUCAUCUGAUGAGGUUGAUGUUUCGCCCCAGCGUGCGUUAGAUGAGUAGCAAGGACAUUUUCAGGAUAAAAAAUUUAUUUAUUUAACGAGAUUAUAUAUGUAACGCUUAAAAGGGCGUCAAAAAAUGUUUGGAAUAUUAUAAACAUUGUAAAUAGAAAUAAAAAUACAGUCAUUGAUUACCUAAUAAGUUUCAUUUCAAGUGCCAUUACAUAAACUUAUAAAUAAAUAGAUAAUUUGUGAAUCGAUUGUUCACAAGACUAUCAGUCUGAGAACAUUGCAAUUUUUGUGCCAUUCAAGCGCCAAUGCUGUAACCAUAACCAUACGCGUGCAUAAAUAAGUAGUUAGAUAAGUUUAAUAUUUGUAAAUUUAAAUGUAAUGGAUAAAUAAAAAAUAUUUAUUUAAGAGUCAAAUUUAAAACUUAAAAAAUGUAGAAUAAUUUUUUUAAUUUUCUUCCACUUUUACUUAAGAAUUUUCUAAAGUUUUAAGUUCAAUAAUACACAUGAUAACCUAGGUAAACAGAAUAUGAUACUACUUAUAGUAUUCCUAUUCCACAGUUUAGCUCGUUCCAUUUAGUUAAUGGAAAUAUUAAAAUGUCAAUGCUUUUGAUUUUAACUGACAAAAAUACAUAAACAAUAGUUUUUUGUCACUGAAAUAUUAAUAAAUUGCUAAUGCCGAUAUUUUUGUAAAUAUACGAAAUCACUACAAACUUAAAUAAAGAUCCCAUUACGUUUAAAUAAUGUAUUUUUUUUAAAUAUUAAUAUUACCUACAAUGGAAUAUCUUUCAAAUUUUAAAUAAUUUAUGGAACGUAUAUGGAACGUGGGACGUCAGUGAUGGACAAAAUUCACCACUUAAAAAAAUUUGUUCAGGUCUUUUCUAUUAUACUUUCAAAAAUAAAGCAAAUAUUCAAUAUUUUAUUUUUUUUAUACUCGAUAUUGUAUUCGUGUAAAUAUAUGUAACAGGAAGAAGGACUCAUCUCCGACCUCUCAAAAUAUAUUUGUUUACAUUUUUUUCUACCGCCCUCACAAAUGACAUAUUUCGUAUUUUGAAAAUGUAUUGAUGCGAAACUAGAUUAUUUAUACUUGAAAAAAAUUAACAUUUAUAUUCUAAUUCCCAUAAUAACUUAUUAUAACGAAAGCGUGAGAAUAUAUAAAAUAGAGCUAUCCGAUUUGGCACAUUUGGCGCAAAUUUUGUACCCACGCAAAUGAAGUUUCUGCCAAAAUUUUUCAACACCCCAACAAGCCGGAAAGCCUCCAAAAAUGAGAUCACAAUGUAGCGCCAUCUCAUAAAAGUUUCUCAAAAAUUUUAAUGCCAAACUAUUGCAAUGAAACAAAUAAAAUUUAGCCAAAUCGGAAGAUUUUCAAAGGAGUUAUAAAAUUUUAAUUCUAACUUCCUCCUUGAUUGUUUCAGUUGUUUUAACAAAAAUUUUUUGUUUUAAAUUCUUAAAUUCGAAAAUUAAUUUAAAGUUUAGAUGAAAAAGCAGUCCUCUAUUGAACACUCUACUCUACUCAGAACAUCAUGCAGAAAUAUCGUAGUAAUGUUUUAGAAUUUAUGAAAGCAAACUGAAUACGUUAGAAAUAUUUUAAAAAUUUGUAUAACAUUUUAAAUUCAAUUUAAAUAGCAAAUUUUAAUAAUUCAAUUCAUUAAAAAUUUUUGUUCAUUGACUUUGAAUUAUUUGAAAAAUACUCUGAAAGGUUUUUGUUUUAAUUUUUUAAUUUUUGGCCUGCCGUCUACUGUCCCACUUUGUGCUUACAUAUUUGUUCUUAUAGCUAUAUUUUAAAGAAUUACCUUUUUUCAGAAAUAAUACACUAUGUAUUUUUAGACAUAUGUAUGCAUAUGCACAUACAUAUAAGCACAUAUAUGUUAUAAUUAGUUUCUUAUGAGAGUGCAAUAUAUAUUCAUGUUUCAGUUUUAUACUUUAAUAUUAUAUUAUAUAUAAGGCUAAAAUUUGAAAACUAUUCUUUUUUUUAUUUAGUUUCAGUGGGCUAUCAACCAAUUUGGUGACUGAACCAUGUAUGGAUGGUUGCGAAUGGUAUUUGCUUGGUCGUGUUGAUUCACGAUAAGUUGGAGAAUCUUAAAUACACGAAUAUAGGCAGUUCGUGUCUGGCGCUAUUUAAAAGAUAUAAAUCAGUGGUCGGCACACAAUACCUUAGUCUUUAGGGAAUACAUUAGUGAGAUUAACGAAUAGCCGAAAGACGGCUGCGAGAAUGACAUUUGGUUCGUAUAUACUGUGUAUACUGCGGCAGAACCUUGCCGACCACUUGUAUUAAUAUAUGAUAAAUAUGGUUUUUCGGGUGCUUUAUAAUAAUGGUAUAAUAAUUUGCAAAUGGUAUAAUAAGUGCAACGCAGUGAAGGAGACAUCUUAACCCUAUGAAGUAUGUAUAUUCCCGAUUAAAAUUAAAAAUAUAAAUUUAAGAUUUUAUUUUAUAA